AUGGAAUCGGAACACGACUGGCCUGAUGAUGACGAAAGUGACAAUCCAUCUAAUGAAAAUUUUUCUGAAAAAUGUCCUAAAGAUUUAGGGUCACCACAGCGCAUGGUUGCGUCUUACGGUACCAGUAAUGAGUCUAACAAUCAGUGGAAUGGAGGUACUAGAGGUAGUUCUAAAGUGUCUGACCUUUUUUUGCGCAGCUCUAGCAGUGGUCAGCAGCCGAAUUUGCGGAGAAAUAACUUUCAACAGCAGUCUGACUGUCUCCCCUUGUCACCAUAUCCGCAAUCUUUGGAUCUAAUCAUUUCAAGAGAACGUGCACAGAUGUCCUCCAUCAAACUUCAUCUCUAUUUUUUAAAGAGGAUCGAAGAGGGCGAGAAUGUUUCAUUGCUUGAUUUCUCGGUGGUUAUCGGAGGUCGACAAUCAUGUGAACGCUUAUGCGAUGACCUUCAAAUGAAACAAAAUUACCAAGAAAUAAAUGUCAUUAAAUGUGUCAAAUUGAAAAAAUUGCCCGGGGAUUUCCUGUAUUUCCAAAUGUACAACGCCAUGCACACGCACAACGAUGACUACAAUAGGAAAGUUGACGUGCAAUCCGUAGAAGCUCAAGAGCCACUGUACAACGAACACGCAACAGAAGAGCCCAUACACGUUCAUUUAUUUUGCGAUCUAAAACUAUCGACGCUGCAGUUGAAAGAGAAAAUUUUCUGCUGCUCAUUCAAAUUAUCGCAAAUCGUUGUCGGUUACCACAAAGUUAUCGCUGACGUUCCCUUGAAAUUUUUCUUGAAAAACAAACCUCAGGUAAGCCACUGCAUCUUUAACUUCGCCUCCGUGCUAUCGUCAAAAAGGGAAAAUUACUUUUUUACCAAAACUUUCCUGCUAUCAUCAGCGUUUUGA